UAAUGGAUUGACCAAAUUUUGCUGGCUGGCACUUGAAAAGCUAUAAUUACGUUAGGUUUUAUGUUAAUAAAAAACCUUCAAUGGCUUCACAUGGGACAGCCUGUGCACAACAACCUUCUGUUGCUUUACCUUUUUAGUAGGCACUUUAACCAGACUCAAAAUGAGUAAUUAACAAUCCUUCCUGCCUUAAUGCCAUCAAUAAUAACCCUGCAGCCAUUUGUGUCACAAGUUACAGUGCAACAAUGAAAGGUUUGUCCCUUUUUAGAAGUGGGGUGGAACUUGCAAUAAGUUAAUUCUCAGGCUCAUGCCAACCUUUUCUUUCUCUUUCUCUUUCUCCUUCUUUCCUUGCUUUAAUCCUGUCAUGAAAAGAAGGAAAAAAUAAACGAAUUUCUUUUGCAGCAGAUAGAAAAAUUCAGUCCCACAAGUGAAAAUUGCAAUUCAGUUUCAGUCAUGAAGCUCAUUCUUUGUAGUAUUUUGAUUCUAUUGGUUAAUCAUGGAAGUUGUGACUCAGCCAUUCAUGUUGGCCAUAGGAUAAGCCUUGCAGUCCCCUUGGAAUACAGUGAUGGAUUUAUUGGGAGAGCUUUCCUGAUGGAUUCUAACCAGGUGGAACCAAAUUUUAGAGUUGCAUUGAGUGCUGAAGCUAUCAAGGGGAAAUAUUCAUGCUCCUUGGAAGUUUUUCUAGGAGAUGUGAAGGUAUGGAAUUCUGGACAUUACUCCCAGUUUUUCACCUCUGAUGUAUGCGUGCUUGAGCUUACUGAAGAUGGAGAUUUACAGCUGAAGGGUCCGAAAGACCAAGUAGGUUGGCGAACUGGGACUUCUGGACAAGGUGUGGAGAGAUUACAAAUCCUGAGGACAGGUAAUCUAGUCCUUGUCGAUGUUUUGAACCGGAUAAAAUGGCAGAGUUUCAAUUUUCCAACAGAUGUAAUGCUCUGGGGACAGAGACUAGAUGUAGCUACUUGGUUGACUUCAUUUCCCAGGAACUCAACUUCAUUCUACACUUUUGAAAUCCAACACAACAAGAUUGCUCUCUACCUGAAUUCUGGUAAGUUGAAGUACUCUUACUGGGAAUUUAAGCCUUCCAAGAACAGAAAUAUCACAUUUGUUGAAUUGGGUUCUAAAGGGUUAGAGUUAUUCAAUGAUAAACAUAAAAAAAUCGCGCAGAUUAUUGCAUCAUGGAGACUUCAGCCCCUGAAGUUCUUAGCACUGGGAAAUAAGACGGGAAAUUUAGGACUCUAUUUUUACUCACCUAACACACAAAAAUUUGAAGCCUCAUUUCAAGCCCUCAACUCCACUUGUGACCUUCCUCUAGCAUGUAAACCUUAUGGCAUAUGCACAUUCUCCAAUGCUUGUUCUUGCAUACGGGUUCUAACAAAGGAAAAUGACUUGAGUUCUGAUUGCAAUGAGGGAAUUUCAAGACAGUUCUGUGGUGGAGCUGAGGUAGAGAUGCUUGAACUAAAUGGUGUCAGUAGUGUACUCAGAGAUGCUGCAAAAAUGGUAAAUGUUAGCAAGACGGCAUGUGCAAGUUUGUGUUUAGAUGACUGUAAAUGUGUUGCUGCAUUAUAUUCAUCCGGAGAAGGGCCCAUGAAGUUUCAAGAAUGCUCGCUUUACAGGCUUGUUGCAGGCAUUAAACAGGUUGAACGAGGAAGCGGAUUGAAUUAUAUGGUUAAGAUUCCAAAAGGAACCCGUGACAAUCACAACAAGCCUAGUUUGAAAAAAUGGGUCUUGAUUGUCGUUGCAGUGGUCGAUGGUUUAAUAAUCAUACUGGUUCUGGGAGGGCUUGCUUACUAUUUCAUUCAAAAAAGAAGAAAGAACCUAUCAGGUAUUGACAAUAACACUUGACAGCAAGUGAUUGAUUUUUCAGCAAUUCUCAUUGACAAUUCCAAACCACAGUGUAAUUCUUUUCUGUCAACAGAGACAAGGAAACAGAAAUUUGGUUGUUUUUGGCAUUUUUUUUCAUUGACAGAGUUAUGCAAUUACACCCCAAAUACUUUAAAUAUCAGUAAUAGCUGGAGUUGGAUUGCAGUAAAGCAAAAUUUUAAGAUCAUU